CUCCGCGCGGCGGGGCCAUGGCGGCCGCCCAGCCCGAGCCCCCCGCGGGGGCGGCUCGGCGCCUGGCCCGGGGCUGCUGGUCCGCGUUCUGGGACUACGAGACGCCCAAGGUGAUCGUGGUGAAGAACCGGCGCCUGGGCGUCGUGUACCGCGCCGUGCAGCUGCUCAUCCUGCUCUACUUCGUGUGGUGGGCGCGCAGGCCGGGCGCGGGGCGGGCGCGCCGGGGCCCCGGGGAGGGGGCGGCUCUGGGCUGGGGCCGAAGAGAACGCGAGGGGCCGCCGGGGCUCAGGGGGCCGAGAACGCGGGGUCCCCGGGCUGGGGGCUUCAGCCUGGCCCCUCGGGCCCCGCAGAGCCGUCCGGGCCCCCGAGAGGCGGUGACGCAGCCCCGGCCCCGCCGAGCCGAGCUGACCCCGCAGGGGAGGGGUCCCGGGGUCGCCCCAGAGCCGGCGCUGCCCGCCCCACAGGUACGUGUUCAUCGUGCAGAAGAGCUAUCAGGACAGCGAGACGGGCCCCGAAAGCUCCGUCAUCACCAAGGUCAAGGGCGUCACCUCGUCCGAGCACAAAGUGUGGGACGUGGAGGAGUACGUGAAGCCCCCCGAGGCCUGCGGACCGGGCGCUGCGUCCCCUACUACCACGGGGCCUCCCAGACCUGCGAGGUGUCCGGCUGGUGUCCGGUGGAAGACGGGGCUUCUGUCAGCCAAUUUCUCGGUAAGAUGGCCCCAAAUUUCACCAUUCUCAUCAAGAACAGCAUCCAUUACCCCAAAUUCCAGUUCUCCAAGGGCAACAUUGAGAACCGGAAGGAUGGCUACCUGAAACGCUGCACAUUCCACGAGGUCUCAGAUCUCUACUGCCCCAUUUUCAAGCUGGGCUUCAUUGUGGAGCAGGCAGGGGAAAGCUUUACAGAGCUGGCACACACGGGUGGUGUCAUCGGGGUCAUUAUCAACUGGGACUGUGACCUGGACCUGUCAGCGUCGAAGUGCAACCCCAAGUACUCCUUCCGGAGGCUCGACCCCAAGCAUAUCCCAGCUUCAUCGGGCUACAACUUCAGGUUUGCCAAGUAUUACAAGGUAAAUGGCAGCACUGCCCGCACACUCAUCAAAGCCUACGGGAUCCGCAUUGACGUCAUCGUGCACGGACAGGCAGGGAAGUUCAGCCUGAUUCCCACCAUCAUUAAUCUGGCCACAGCGCUGACCUCCAUUGGGGUGGGCUCCUUCCUGUGCGACUGGAUCUUGCUAACAUUCAUGAACAAAAACAAGGUCUACAGCCAUAAGAAAUUUGACAAGGUGUGUACACGGAGGCACUCCUCAGGUAGCUGGCCUGUGACCCUGGCCCUUGUUCUGGGCCAGGCCCCUCCCCCACCCUGUCCCUGCUCCACAGAACCAGGCCAGGAGGGCCGACCACAGGACGAGGGGCAGAGCCAGGCCGGGGCCAUCCUGCCCCCAAGGGCUCGCCCCACCUCUGCCCCCUCCGAGCAGAUGGUGGACGCUCCCGAGCAGGGUGCAGGACAAGGGCUUUGUGCCUCCAAGCCUUCCCAACAGGACUCCAUGCUCACGGACCCCCGAGGUUUGGCCCAGCUCUGAGCCAACCCCCCUACCUUCCAUCAUGCUGCACUGAAGACCCGGGCCUGGUAGGCCCCUGAAGUCUGCAGCCCCACGAGUUAGCCCGUGGCUCAGACUCACACGGCAGACCCAGGGCCCUGCCUAUGCACCCCAACACCAAGUCUCCACGAAACCGGGACCCAAAGGACCCCCAGGCACCCAGGCAGCGGGCUGACAGGAAGAGGGCAGCUCCCAGCCUGCCCCCAACCUCCUCGGUCUAUGGAGAGGGGCAAGUUCCUGCCUCUUCCUCCUCCCUGCUGACCUCCCCACAGGCUCCUGGCCCCUCCCCACCCACUCAGCCUGCGCCCAGUGGGAAGGGGCCGGCCCACCCCUGCUCAGACCCUUUGCUCGCCUUGUAGCCAAGAAAUCACAUGUCCAGAAUCCAAUAAACCUGUGACCAGAACCUUCCAGCCUUGUUUUUGGGGAAG